GUUCUGAAAACAGACUUGUGAGGAACUGCACGGGCAGCCUGGCAGAAGGAUAACAGCACUGCGUUCUGAUAACUCCAACGGGAACGCAACAAGGUAGGCAAAAUGGCCCUGAUUCAACCUGAGACCAGUAGUUCUGCGGUUAUUUCUCAAGAGGUUCCACAAAAUGAUUUGCCAGAUAUAACAGAUCAGAAUUCUAGAGAACCAACAGAUAUACCGAGAUCACUCAAAAUAUUUUUUUCAGGAGAACCUGAAGCUCUUGGGGUAACUCAGAUAUUUACAGGAAUAAUGCUUUGUGCGUGUGGCAUAAGUUUCGCCUCUGUUCUAAUGGCACCAGUGGAACAACAUAUGUUUGUAUCUAUCAUUCCCCUUGUGUGUGGAUUCAUGUACACCAUUUCUGGAUCACUCUCGGUUGCUGCCUUUAACAAACCAACCAUAGCAAAGGUAAAAGCCAGCCUGGCACUUAACACAUUGAGCUCAGUAAUAGCAUUACUUGCAAUGUUAAUAUUCAUCGCAGCCUUUUUACUUUUUGGUUUUAUUGUACGAGGAUCUGGAAUGUAUUGCGCAUGUUAUAAGGAAAACUCGCCGUGUGAAGGACACACUUCUAGAUCGAACAUAUUGUUUGGUAUAAAUAUUUUUUAUUUGUUUUUCACCAUUUUGGAGUUUUGUAUCAGCUUAUCCACAUCAAUUUUUGCAUGCAGAACUAUGUGUCUGAGGUCUGCCAAUGAAAUGACAGUGGUGAUAUAUCAGGCACAGGGCUCUCUAGCUACUAACACAGGACACGCUAGUGUGGAUGCUGGAGAUACACUGAAACCUUCUCAAGAUGAUGAUGAGGCUUGUACCAUAAGGCUUUCUAGACAUGAUGGUGAUAAUAAUGGGAAGAACCAGUGAUUAAUGUUGGCAGAAAAGUCAUCAUGCUCCAGCUGAGAUAUAUGGGCAUACGGUCCCGUACAUAACAAACCCAAUAUAAAUGUGUCACCGGUUAUGGAGAUUUAUAUGUACUGACAUUCACGGACAUAAUCUUAGCAUUCCCUGUGAAUAAUGGCAUAACAUGCCCAGGAUGCAUCUUUGCCUUGAUUUGCAAAAGAAAUGACUUGAUUGAGUCCAGACACAAUUUUUUAAUGGCUUGUGACACUGAUAAAAUAAUGUGUUUAGUAACAUUCAGAUAUAAUGUGACUUAAUCUAAAGCUGGCCAUACACUGACAGAUUGGCGAAGACACCAAACGAGCAGAUCUUUCUCAUUAUGCCCUCCUUAAGGGCAUAAUGGAUUGAUCCCUGGGGCUGAACAAUCGCAUCACCUUGACGGGAUACAAGCCAUCGGGAUGAGGACCACAUCAAUGCACCAUGCACUAGGUUUUUAGAAUCUGCCUAAUUGAUAUCUGGUUUUUGGCCAGGUAUAGGUAAGGUAGGCAUGUCUAAGGGCUAGAGAUGUAGCGAACUGUUCGCCGGAGAACUAAUUCGCACGAAAAUCGGCUGUUCGCAAGUUCGCAAGU